UUGACAGAUAACCUCAUCGCAUUUUUGUAAACAUUCUUAGGUACCGCGUAUUCGGUAAAAGUAAUUAGAUUUUUUUAAUGUUUAACGUACUCCGUCUCCGUCUGCAUAGAAUCAACACAAUCGAUUGGUUAUUAUAACAAUGGCUGACGUUAAAACAUCGAAGAUAAACCAAAAUAUUUGCGGAUUAUGCGAUGAAAACCCAAGCAAAUACUGCUGUCCACGAUGCGAAGUCUUCUACUGUUCUCUCGACUGUUACAAGUCUGAGAAGCACUUACAAUGUUCAGAGAGCUUCUACAGAGACUGUGUGAACUCUGAAUUGAUGGCACACAACGCUGAUGAUGAAUCUAGAGACAAAAUGGUGGACAUACUGAAACGGAUGCAGGAUGAUGAUAAUAUUGACAUAAAUGACUUGAUAGAGUAUGAUGAUGAUGAUGGUGAGCCUGCAGACUCUGAUGAUGAAGAGGCUGAUGACUUAGAAAAACGAAUAGAGAAUAUAAACCUUGACGAUGCUGACGAAAUAUGGAAUGCGUUGACGGAAGAUGAGAAAAAUGAGUUUGAAGCGUUAAUAAAUAGAGGGGAUGUUGGAUCUAUAAUGCCUCAGUGGGAACCUUGGUGGGUUUAUCGGAGAGAAAAGAAGUUAGUUGAAGAUGUUGAUGCCAAUGCUGAUGAUGGAGAAGCACUUAAAAAUUGUCCGGAGUUAAAAGCUGUACCGAAAUUUGAAACAUUGACUUCCGUCAAACCAUCACCAGCAAUCAAGUGCAACAUAACAAAUGUGCUAGCAUCGUACGCAUUCAUCAUGCGGUACUUCAACGGAGAGAUAGAGCCGGGCGAAGCAACGAUAUGUCUGUUCAAUAUUUGUGAUAAUUUGAACAAUAAUACCAACUUUGAUGAUCCUGCUGUUGCGUUGGAGUCCGUUGCACAGAAAUGUUUACAGAGUGAAUUAAUACAAACAGACGAAGCAAGUAUAACCGUAAUGAGAAAAGACACAUUCCUUAUCAUCCGAGGGCCAAGCGACGACAAUGAAAAAUACUACUGCCAGUCAGCAUUAUCCCAUUUACACAAUAUACUUACUAAAGCCAAAACGUUAGACAAACAGAAAGACCAAAAGACUGCCAAAGAGAAGACGGUCUUCUCAAAGAAGUUUCCAGAACAUGAAAUGGAACAUUUGCCCAGUUUAGAUGUGAGUAAAGUGAAGAAAUGUAUCAAGAAAGUAGAGUAUUACUUGUCCUAUGUCGAUAGUUAUGAUAUGGAUUUUGAAUAAAGAAUUGAAUCAUUUUUUGAGUAAAUCA